CCGGCAUUUGUACAUCCUGCAGCUGUACUAACCGUGACCUCGGUUCAUUCGUCGAUCGACGCACGUGCGUGUGUUAUUGUUCAGACAUCCGCGGCGGUAUCAUAAUAAUAUAAUAUAAUAUAAGGUACUUACAUGAUAAUAUUAUUAUAUCGAAAUGUCGAAAAAUGGCGAUGAGAGUUCGGACAGUGAUCCGCCAGUGUCCGAAGGAAGUUCAACUGAUGGGUAUUCAGAUGAUGGGAUUGAGUAUCGUCAUUAUAUAAAUCCAAUAAUGCAUCUUGUCCCUGAAGAAAAUCGAUCAUAUGUCCGAAAGCUUUGUAAAGACACAGCACGGGUAUACGCAAAAAGAGUACCUAUUAAAAGGGCUACUCUUCAUUAUCCAAUAGUUGAAGACGAAACCAAAACCUGUAUGCAAGAAGAUUGCAAGAAUAUGACGUUAAUGAAAUGCGGCACAUGUCACGCUUUUUUAUGCGUAGAUUCUAAAAAUAAUUGUUUUACAAAGUUUCAUGAUAUUCCUUGA